AUGUACGACAAGGCGUUUCCUCCCGGAUGGAUGCUCCACAUGGCAGAUCUCAUCCAGGCAGCCCCGCCCAAUCUCCAAUUUGUUGUAUCCGCAAAGGUCAACAGAGAGAGUUGCUACUCCCAGCUCUUAAUCAACGCAGGAUUAACAGACCUGGGCAAUGUCAAAGGAAGCAAAACGAACAAUGGUGGAGCGACUACAUUUACUCUCUUCAAACGCCUGGAACCCCUAAUGAACAAAGAUGGAGGGUCUGCAGCUCCGGCAACCACGUCAGUGUUGCCUGCACUUGAAAAGUACUAG